GGGGGGGUAUCUGAGGGGCUUUGCAGCUUUUAGAGAGACACACACGGGGAGAGGAGGCUCCAUUCUCCAGCCAAACCUCCUAGCACACACAUCCCACCUUAAAGUGACAACUCCUGCCGCUCUCUCCAUUUUAGGGAUAUUGUGCAGCCCCCCCUCAAACAAAUCACACACCCCUGGAUUCUUUUUUUUUUGUCCGCUCCUUUUCGCCUCCUGCUUAACUUUGCGUUGAAGUCAGACAAGUCCAGCCAAAGACUUUGGAGGAAAGCAAAACUCACCUUGCACCUUCUUGCCUUGCUGCUCGACGAGCCCGGCUCCAGGAGAGAACUGCAGUCAUGCCCUGCACCUGCCGCCCUGACAGUUGCUCGUCUGCCCGCGGAGGCUGCUGAAGGGAAAAGUCCUCGUUGCAAACUGCCAGAUUUGCCUUCUUCUUCUUCUUCUUCCCAAGCUGCCUACACUGCUCCGGUGCGAUUCCUGCCUCCGGCUCCCAGCAGCAGAAGAGGGGGAUAGGGGAGUACAGCGCUGCUCAUACCCUCCACCUAAUUUUCUUCAAAUCUUGAAGUUCAGUCCAGAGGCGAAACGGCGACUACAGCCGAAUUCCUCCCUUUCAUUUGCCUCCCCAUGGAUAUGCACUGCAAGGCAGACCCCUUCUCGGCUAUGCACCCAGGGCAUGGGGGUGUGAACCAGCUCGGGGGGGUAUUUGUCAAUGGCAGACCCCUACCUGAUGUGGUGAGACAGAGGAUAGUGGAACUGGCCCACCAAGGAGUGAGACCCUGUGACAUCUCCAGGCAGCUGAGGGUCAGCCAUGGAUGUGUAAGCAAGAUCCUGGGCAGGUACUAUGAGACGGGAAGCAUUAAACCAGGAGUUAUUGGCGGAUCCAAACCCAAGGUUGCCACUCCCAAGGUUGUCGACAAAAUCGCAGAGUAUAAGAGACAAAACCCUACAAUGUUUGCUUGGGAAAUCCGGGACAGGCUUUUGGCUGAAGGAAUCUGCGACAAUGACACGGUGCCCAGUGUGUCCUCUAUAAACAGAAUUAUCAGAACGAAAGUCCAACAGCCAUUCCAUCCAACCCCAGAUGGAUCUGGAACGCCAGUCGGCACACCCGGGCAUACUCUUGUUCCCAGUACAGCAUCUCCUCCUGUCUCCAGCGCAUCCAAUGAUCCCGUAGGCUCUUAUUCCAUUAAUGGAAUCCUGGGUAUUCCUCGUUCUAAUGGCGAAAAGAGGAAACGCGAUGAAGAUGGAUCUGAUGGUUCUGGUCCAAAUGGAGAUUCCCAAAGCAGUGUUGAAAGUUUACGGAAACAUCUACGGGCUGAUAACUUCACCCAGCAGCAACUGGAGGCAUUAGAUCGAGUCUUUGAGCGUCCUUCUUAUCCAGAUGUCUUUCAGACUGCUGAGCACAUCAAAUCUGAACAGGCCAGCGAAUACUCCCUUCCAGCGCUUACUCCUGGUCUUGAUGAAGUCAAGUCUAGCCUAUCAGCAUCCGGCAAUGCAGACCUAGGAAGCAAUGUGUCAGGACCCCAGUCCUACCCUGUAGUAACCGAGAGUUUCGCCUCUCACCUCUAUGUGAAGCAAGAGCCUCACGAAGCUUCCCUUACUCCCUUCACUCCCUCUUCAUUGGCCAGCUCGGGGCUGGCUGACAUCCAGCCUUUCCAGAUGGCCCUCACGGUUGAUGCGUCAACACCUACGUACAGCUCCUUCACCCACCAUGGCCCCCAUUAUGGGCAGUUCGGCAGCCAGCCACUCAUAGCAGGGCGAGAUAUGUCAAGCACAACUCUUCCAGGUUAUCCACCUCAUGUACCUCCAACAGGACAAGGCAGCUACCCUACAUCAACUCUUGCUGGAAUGGUACCUGGCACCAACGUUUCGGUCCACCAUUCGGUCCAACCUGUGGAGUGCUGCUCAUGUCUUUCCAGCUCUAAACCAUGUCUGUUUCACUGCAGGACUGGGAGUGGGAGUGAAUUUUCAGGAAAUCCUUACAGCCACCCACAAUAUACAACCUACAAUGAAGCCUGGAGGUUCAGCAACCCAGCACUAUUAAGUUCCCCUUAUUAUUAUAGUGCCACAUCCAGGGGCUCCGCACCUCCCACUGCUGCCACUGCCUAUGACCGCCACUAGUUACCAUGGAAACCACAUGAAACUACAGGGCGACAACAUAGGCCUCCAUAUUGUACCUGUCUGAACUACAUCAACUAUGCCAUCGGAAGAAGAGUGGCCUACUCUGCUUUCCCUACUGACGUUUCUCAGCUGUAAUAAGCUGCUCUUACCUCUGCUGCAAGCCUCUUUGUUGUUAUUGUGCACGGUAGCUAGAUGAACAUCAAGCCAAGUCAUCUGAUUUCAGAACUUAUUUCCAAAAAGGCCCACUAUUUAAGUUAUGCAGUGGAUUGUAGUAGGAAACCACAGAACUCAUGUCUUCUCCCUCAAAAAAAGGAAUGCGGAAUAUGAAUACCUUUUCUAAGACAAACAUGCGUGCUACAAUAAAGAGAGAAAAACUUUUUAUGGGCAGCAAAUUCAAACUGGAAUGGGGAAAAACAGCUAUAUAUAUAUAUAUAGCGUGUUCCUCAAAUGGUGCAAGUAAAUGAGUUUUUACAGAAUAAUUAUGGAACAUUUAGCAGUUGGAGGAUGGGAAGCUAAAAAAAUAGAUGUCUUCAAUGAUGACUCUCGGGAAAACUGCCCACUUUACUUGGACGGGAUGCCUCUCUCAUAUUCUCUCUCCCCAUUGAGCUGGCAUGUCAUGAUAUUCCACAACGACGCAGUUCCAGUCAAAGCAACAAUCAACUCAGAGAAGAAGACAGAAGGACAUAUUAAAGUCAAUCGAAUAAACAGAAAAAAAAAGAAAUAAUUAAAAUAUAUGAAUAUAUAUAAAUAUAUAUAUAUAUAAAUAUACUCUGUUUUUAUGCUUUAUCAUGAAGGUCUGAAAAAAACAAUACAAUAGACAAUUUUUUUUAAAAAAAACAGCAAACAAAAAAUAAUUAUAAAAAUUGGAAGAAAAAAAAGAAAGAACUGCAGAGGAGCAUCAAAAGGAAAAAAGGCAAUUUUUGAAAUAUAGCCCAUAUUGUCCUUUUUUUUUUUUUUGCACUAGUGUACCAUAGUCUCAUUUAACAGGACAGUGCUGUGUCCCUGCAUCAACUCAUUGUGAAUAUAUGGCAUUUUAAUGAAAAGGAGAAGCAAACUGAAAUGCAUUUCUUAAAUGUAAUAUUUUAUUGAUUUUUUUAAUGGCACUUAACAAGGCCGGGAUUUCAGGUUUACAAAAAGUUUGCCUUUACAAUAUUCUAAAUGUAAAUUAUUAGAGUAGACAAUUCCAAAAUGUUGCCACUUCAACUCAUAGAAUUAGCCAAUCCCAUUGCAAGCUUAGACCUCUGUUCAAAAUGUGUCAUUAUUAAAACAUUGCAUGGCAGAAAUUCAUUGCUGUCCCAGGGUUCAUGUUACAACUGUUACACGGUAAACUAUUGAUUUGGUGCUGAGAUCAUACUGAUGCCUUUGUACUACUGCUGUGUGUGUGCUACACUGACUUUGCAUUGUCAAAGGAAAUAUCCAAAAAACGAACAGGGUGACCAAACCAGUCUAAGAGUUGGAGCAAAUAAUAUGAUGUUUUUAUUUGAAUUCAUGUAAAUCUGCACUUACAAAUACAUAUAGGAAGGUUAAUAGAACUUCAAUGUUACUACACAAAAUACAGUAUAUGGAUUGCAAGGUAAAGCCUUCAUUGCUAGAGGCCCACAGUCCUUUGCUCUGAGACUACGUUCCCUUCCAGCAAAAGAUGAUAAAGUGGGAGAUCCAUGAAGGUAGCUUAAAAAUAUAUUGAUUGGAAGUAACUGAGUAGAUGCUGCCCCAUCAACAAUCUCUUUUUUACUGGUCUACAUCAUUUUGAAUAAUUAAAGCAGACAUUUGAUUGGGUGCUAUUGGUUGGUAGACAGAUCCAUCUAUUUCAAUGAGGCAUAUCUAUCAAUAGAUACAGUGGGGUCAUUCCAAAGUGGCCAGUACAGUGCAGUGAUGUCAUUCUAGAGCAAGGCAAAGUGACAUCAAUCUUCCACCAUAAAAAGUGACUUCAAGCCUAAACGUCUUAAAUUAAACAGUAGUCAGAUGAUCAACACAGAGCUACAGAAACUGAAUGAUAUAUAUGGGAUGCAGGUCAUUUGACAGAAGGCAUUGUAACUGCAUUCCCUUGCAAACUGGGGUAUUCAUAACCAGGCAGAGGCAGUGGAAGUGGUUUACCCAUUGUACACAUUCUAAUACUGAUUUCCACAGUUAUGCCACUAAAUGAUGAGUCUAGAAUUUAGUUCCUCAUAUGCCUGUAUCACUGUGAAGUUAUCUGAGGAAUAAACAACCACUGGUCCUCCAGCCCUGCUGGUAGGGGUAUGGGGGAAAUUAUGAUUGCCCAAACACUGGAUAUUAAAUGGGUGACUAUGAAGACUGGAUUAUUUGAUUGACCUCUAGGAAGGAUAUUUUGAAAUGUCAAGGUGGGGAUUUGUAGGAUGGGUGCUGCUGAUGAUUUGUUGGCCUCUCUAUUCCCUGAGCUGCAUUUUCCUGAUAGAACAAACAUAUUUCAUAUUUGACUACAUAUCAUCUUUGCAUCUAUGCUAAAAUAGAAAAAUUGCACCACUGGGGUUUCAGCUAGUGGUUAGAUAUGAUCAUUUGUGGUCAGCUCUGAAAGAAAAGUCUAAUGAAACUAUUAAAUGUUCUGUAGAAGAAUAUUUACUGUCAUCCAUGUUUUAACUUGAGCCUCUGGCACAGACAUUAUAGUUUUGAAGAAAGAAACCCAAUCUCACAUAAUAUGGUCAAAAAUGAUAUGUCAGUAUGUGAUAUCAUGUGUUUGGCAGAACAAAUAAUUGACUAACCGUUUUUUACUCACCAGGAUUGCUCUUGUUUUCCUUCAGCAGCCAUCACGGAUGCUUCUACUCUCUUGUUUCCAUUAUACCCAUUUGAUUUUGGAUUAACAUGGAGGUCAUCCAUCAUAUACGCUAAUAUCUCAAUAAAACAAUCUCUGCCCUAUUAGGUUAUUCAUUUACUGCUUGCAAAUAUUUUCAUUUUAGUUCUACCUUUUGAAGGACAUAUUUUAUAGCCUCACUCUAGAACAAGUCUCACCUCCCAGGUUGAAGCUUUCAAAAUACCCUAGAGCUGAAGGAUUACGUGAUUUCUAAUACACUUACAGCAGGAAGGCCACAAACAAUGCAUUGUAACCCCUACAAUCCCACCAAUAUAUACCCUUCAUCUUCUAAUGACAUGAUAAUGUAAGACAUGCUAAUACAGUGCAAAAGGAAUAUAUGGCUGAACUGUUUGCUGUCAUAAGAAUCUACUUGUUACUAUUAUCCCACAAUGAGCCGAAAUGGUGUUUCCUUACAUGGGUCCUUACAGGAAAAUACAGCAAUUAUUUAAUGAUGUGUGUUUUGGACAACCUUACGAAACAAUCAUUGCUUUGUAGAGAGAUGUGUGUAAUAUGAAGGAGAUUUCUCUUGUAUAUAGGUUCAACUGCAUUUCAUACACAUGAUAUUAAAUUAAGCUUUCUUUAUGUAAAAUAAACAAAAAACAAAAGUGAAACCAAGUUGUCUGUAUGUUGCAAACGGAGAAAAAGAUAAUUAUGUUUUAAAUAAAGCACAGCAUGAACAUAAGUAAUUCGCCAAAAUCUAUGGGGGUUUGCAAAUAACCUUAUACUUUUAUUUUGUCUUUUAUUUUUAGAUGGUGAAAGGUUUUAAAGGAUUAAAGGACUAUGCAAACCACA